UAGCCGCUGGUGACGUGUGAUUGUUGUCGUGUCGCAGCGAUGGCGGUGGAUAUGACUGUGGUUUUCAGAGCGAGUGUUAAAACUGUAAAAACUCGGAAUAAAGCGAUGGGAGUGGGAUACGACAGCAGCAGGGACGAGUUAAUGAGGAGAGACAGACCCAAACACGGCUUCUCCAGCAGAGCUAAGGAAGUGAUUUCUAACAUCACCAAGCUGAAGGAUUUCUUACUGCAGCACAGGAAGGACUAUGUAAACGCCAGUAGUUUAAUUUCUUCAGAUCUAAAUCGUAUGACGGACAAUGAGAGAGACCAGAUUGAUCAGGAUGCUCAGAUCUUCAUGAGGACAUGUUCAGAUGCCAUCAAACAGCUGAGGACUGAGGCUGAGAAGACAGGAAUUUCUGCUCAAAUGAAGGAGCAUCGUGGAGCUGUGCUGGACCUAAUAGAGUCAUAUCUUAAAAGCGUGUGUAAGCUGUAUUCUGAGCAGAGAGCCAUCCGUGUGAAGAGAGUGGUGGACAAGAAGAGACUGUCUCGUUUAGAACCAGAGCAGAAAAGUAGAGUGGAAAAACCUCCAAGCGAAGAUGCAGAGAAAACACCAGCACAGGAGGAAAACAACGACAAGCCCGUUUCUGAUGGUGGUGUUGAAUUGUGGGAGGACAGUAGAGUGGAGGAUGAGCUCUCACCAGAGGAGAUACAGAUGUUUGAGCAGGAGAAUAAGAGGCUGGUGAGUGAGAUGAACAGUCUGGUGGAUGAAGUCAGGCAAAUUGAAGGAAAGGUUGUUGAGAUCUCUCGGCUACAGGAGAUUUUUGCUGAGAAAGUUCUGCACCAGGAGACGGAGAUUGACAAUAUCCAUCAGCUGGUUGUUGGUGCCACUGAAAACGUUAAAGAAGGAAAUGAGGACAUACGAGAGGCAAUCAAGAACAAUGCGGGCUUCCGCGUGUGGAUCCUGUUCUUCCUAGUCAUGUGCUCCUUCUCUCUGCUUUUCCUGGACUGGUAUGACAGCUAGGACAGGAAGUGCAUCGUCAUGCAACCAGAACUGAUGUCAUCAGAUGGGCUCUUUUAGAGACACUAUAAAUCGCACUAAACCAGACUGCACCCGUUCACGUUAUGUUGUAGUGGCAUGAUGAACAACUCAGUUUCCCUUUAAAUAUAACAUAUAUUUUCAGAAACCUGACCAGAGCAGCUUCAGUGAAAUAGUGAAGGUCACCUUUAGAAUUAUAUUCCAGUCCUGGAUCUGAACAUGAAUGAUCUCAAUGGCCCCAAAUGCUCUAUUUGAUGAAUUUGGAAUCGAAAUGGAUGAUUGUAACACUGUAUCAGUGCUUUGUUGUGAAUUGAUUGAGCAUUUGCAGCCUUAGUCACCAAAUCUCUGUUUAGAUCAAUCUCUGCUGAAGAAACUGAGAAUGAUCUUCUCUAUCAGUGUUUUCAGCAGGUUUUCUGUUCUUCUACUAAGUAUUCUUCUGCUAAGUACAGAGAAUGUUGUGAAAUUGUCAUCCACGGUGAUCAGCCAUCAACAGUUGGUUGAGUAUUCCUUAAACACAUCUAUUCCUCUUUACACCUGUUUUUGUUUGUGAUUGUCCUAACAGAGGUCACGAUGAGACUAUCAAUCAAUAAACAUUCUAGAUGCAGCAAAAGACCCUAAA